AUGUCCCUCCAAAAUACGUGGCACCACCGUAAAGUAGCCGAUACCGCCGCAAAAGCGUGUUUCAUCUGCUAUAAACCUUCGAAUAGUGUUCUAAUCACGCCGGAUAACAAAGACUUCUUUUACAUAUGUCCCGCACAUCUGAAAGAUCGCAAUUUCUGCUCUGCGGUUGUGGAUACGGCGGGGGCGCAGGCGAAGGGGAAGGAGGAGGCGUUGGCGAGGGAGAUUGAGAAGGUGAAGAGGGAGUAUGAGGAAAAGCAGCAACGGAAGAAGGAAAAGAGGAAGGAAAAGAAAGACGGAGAGGAGAAGAAAGAUGCAGACAAGGACAAGGAAAAAGAUAAGGAUGCUAAAUCGGAUGAGAAGGAGAGGGAUGAUAAGAUCGAGUCUCUCAAGAAGCAAGAAAAGCGACAAGGAAAUACACCAACAGACGACUCAGACUCACCGCGUGUAUUCUCUCUGCACAAGAACUUCUACCAAAUGCGCAUCGACCGCCUGCGUAAUAUCGAAGUAGCUAAGCGGAAUCGUCAACGGUUACAGGACCCAUCGCUGUUCCCAUCCGUUCCGUCGAGGGGUCUUUGA